AUGGCGCCGCAAGAUACAUUCAUAGACGAAGAGGAAGAUGUUUGCCCUCUUUGCAUUGAAGAGUUCGACCUGUCGGACAGGAACUUCCGACCGUGUCCCUGUGGUUAUCAGGUCUGUCAGUUCUGCUUCAAUAAUAUCAAGAACAACAUGAACGGGCUGUGUCCGGCAUGUCGACGGCCCUAUGAUGAGAAAACAAUAGAGUGGAAAGUUGUUACGCAAGAAGAAGUCGCCCAGUUCCGCGCCAACAUCCAGAAAAACCAAAAGAAGCGCGUACAAGAACAACGGCAAAAAGAAGUCCUAAAGCGCGAAGCCGAGAAGGAAAACCGCAAAAACCUGGUCGGGGUACGAGUCGUACAAAAGAACCUAGUCUACAUCACAGGACUGGCACCAACUGUGCGUGAGGACGAGCUCCUAAAGACGUUACGAAAGCCCGAAUUUUUCGGUCAAUACGGGAAUAUUCAAAAAAUAUCGAUUAGCAAUCGAAAAAGUCCCGACGGCCAGCAUCAUUCACUAGGCAUAUAUGUUACUUUCGAGACACCUGAUGAGGCUAUGCGCUGCAUUCAAGCAGUUCACGGCUCUCACAACGGCGACCGAGUCCUCAAGGCGCAACACGGUACGACUAAGUACUGUUCAGCUUGGCUGAAGAACGAAAAGUGCAACAAUCCUGGCUGCAUGUUUUUACAUGAGCAAGGUGACGAGGAAGACAGCUAUACGAGACAGGACUUAUCUUCCAUGAAUAGUAUUCAUACUCAGCGCCCUCUACCAAGCGGUGGCAACUCCUCUCGAGCCGCCUCGCGACAAGUUUCUCACCCAACACCGCCACCAGUGCCGGUGCCUGCGCCUGUCCCUUCGACCUCUGCACAGCCCAUGGCCAGGUCGCUGAGCAAAGGCGACUCGGAGACUGGUGAUUCCUCUGCUCUCCCUUCAUCCGCCAAUUGGGCUCGGCUGCCAGUGCGAAGCCGCAGGGGAUCUCAUGCCACUAGCGGUGCUACCUCAAGCCCUGCAGUGUCAGCAUCGGUACCUGUAACCACCGAAAGACAAGAGCCUCUGGAAGUUCCCGAGGCUUCUUCCUCGAAAGCGGUCACGUCCAACUCCAAAUCCCCAUCGGAAGAAGCCGAGCAGAGCAGCGCAACCGCUCGGCCUGUUUCGCAGCUCAGCGUGACAGCUCUUCUCGACAUUCUUAGAAAGUCUACACUGCCUACUUUUACAACACAAUCCGGGGGAGACAUGGGUCCUCCCAUGUUCGAUAUUCGCGGAGGUGAGAAGCGAAAGGCGAUGCGGGAAGACAAAGAUUCGCGCACCGAACACAACAACCAGCUCGAACUCCACGAGGGUUCGGAAGACGGCGUUGAAGCCGGUGGCAGCCUUGUCCUCGGUGGUGAGCCUGAAGGGAAAGAUCGACUUGGAGAGGGGCACGCAUACAGCCAGCAACAAAUCACUCCUAUUCAAAGAAGCUCGAACGAUGGCGUUUUUAGCCCGCCCCUCGCUAGCUCCGGUUUCAGCGCAGGGACUUCUACGGGCACGCCCAGAUCCAUGACCCCUCAGCAGAUGGGUCUCCGUUCACAGACUGGGUAUACUGAUCAGUAUCCUCCCGGCAUUGGUGGCCCGAACAACUCAUUCCAAGGUCAGGGUCAGGGUCACAAUCGCCAGACUUCGCGAUUUAAUUUCGCGAACGACAGCAGUGCAUCGACAACGAACGUCAAGCUGGCUGCCAACCCUCGCAUCAUGGCACAACAGUCUUCAAUGAUGCCGAGCUCGUUCCAGACCCAGGGCAGCCAGUUUUACGCCAGCUCGAUGCCAGGUCCUCCUCCUGGCCUCAAGUCUACCGGAACCCCACCAAGCAUGUUUACUCAGGGGUUCGGCUCUUCGGGCUACAACACGCUUAAGGAUCACUCGAAUGAUCUUCUCCAAAGUCUCACGGGACGAAACCGUGGAAAUAAUCAGAACCACGAAUCAGGAAAGCGUGAGUCUAUUCUAUCUUCUUUGUCGAGCCAGUACCCCUCCAUCACCUCUACCCCAGCUCCUGCUUCCGGUCUCCUUGCAUCGCUCUAUGGCAACCAUGCUGGAGCUUUCCAAGACUUCGCGUCGAAGCAGAAGAAGAAGGGGAAGAAGCAUAGACAUGCUAACACUUCCUCCUCGGGGGGGAGUGGCUUAGUAGAUCUUGCGGACCCGAGCAUCCUCCAAGCCAGGAUGCAGCACCAAACACAGAGCAAUGCCGGAGUCGGACAGGGGCUGUUCAACGGCCAGAAUCAAGGUGGGUUCAACAAUCCCAACAUGAUGUACAAUGCCGGAUAUGGCCAUGACAAUUUGCUUUCAUUGGCAGAUGCAACGAGCUCAGUCGACGCUUUAGUCGCGGACGAAGCGGACGAUCUAGACACUUCCUUUGACGGAUACACCUCAACGACGACUUCGCAUGCGCAUGCGCAUCCUGAGCCUAGUUACGGCUAUGCGUCUGCUGGAGGUAGCAUCGUCGCUCAUGAACAUCCUUCUCCCGAGCCAAGCGCGAGGCGACCACCUCCAGGAUUUGGGCCAAGACCACCAGCCACACCUCAAGAAUAUCCUGCACAAACAGAGGUCAACCAAAGGCGGCCAACUCUGGCUGACGAAGAGUUUCCUGCUCUAGGGUCUCCAAAGGUACCAAAAAGCGCUUCUACUUUUUCUGCCGCUCCAAAAAUGGCCCUGCCCAACAUUGCUCCUCAAGGGAAGCAAGUCGCGUGCAAGAAGACACAGUCCAGCGACAGCCAAAACAAUACUCGGCGCGGUUCUCUGAACAAUGACAAUGAAUCAGAUGAAAAAGAAAGAGGAGCUACCAAGGUCGCCAUGGCGACACCUAGGUUGGGACCAAGGACGCUUCGAGUCAUGACGCCCGUCAGGCUGGAGUCGCCCUCCCUCAUGUCUCCCAUCGCACCACGCUUACUCUCUCUCGGGCAGCGGCCAGAGACACCUGCAAGCGAGACUGUUAGCGACAGUGCAUCCAUUGUCUCGGCUUCUGUCUCAGCCUCGCGCGCUGGCUCUCCUCCGCCUAACCGAGUCGUCGGCAGUGCACCGGUCCGUCAAACUACUAAAAGUUCGCAGCGCAAGCAGCGCAAGCAUGCCACGAAGCAGGACACCAGAGCCAUUGCCGAGGCGGUUGCAGCUGACGAAGCUGACCAUGCGCCGGUUUUUGGCCGAAUGAAAAAACAGAAGAGGGAGAAACCUGCCAAAGAGAAGCCUGCCAAAGAGAAGCCCGCCAAGGAAAUAGCCGCCACCACAGCUGCUGCGGAAGAAGCUGGAGCUUGCAAGAAGGAAGAGCCGCAAGACGAAGAAAAGGGCGGAAAGGUGGCCCCAGGGCAGGAAGCGGAGCCCAUUGAGAGCAAGUCGCCCGUGAAGAAUCAGUCUGGAAAGGUCUUGGAGCAGACCGUGCUUCUCCCCGCGCAACCGCAGCCUCCGGCACCUACAGUGCAGGAUUCUAUCACAGAUGAUGAUGAACCUAUUGCUCCUCCUCAAGGUCCUUCCACUGUGUUUGAGGAUAUUCGCCAGAGUCUCUCGACUGGUGUUGAGCAGCUUAGUCUUCUGAAACCAGUUGCUGGACUGAAUUCUAUCGCCACUGGACAACAAAUCGCCGGCAACAAGCCCGAUGCCUGCAAAGACAUCGGAUGCAAAUGCUGCGAGAUUCAACCCGAGGAUCUCGCGAUUCACAAGUCUGGCAAGCCAGUGCGCAAGCAAUGCCGCGUGGAUGGUAGCCGCAUGCUGAUUACUCCCUACGGAGACUGCGUCCGCAGCUUGACAGAGAAGGAGGAAGAUAGCUUCUUACAACUUCAGGCCGCUAUAGCGGCAACAGCCGAGACUGCGGGUUCCUUUACGGCUCCCCGGCACCAAAAAAGUUCUGGCGCGUUUUCCAUUGUUAAAGGCCGCGCCGUGCCCAAUGGCCGGCCCGGUAUCUUUCCUGUCGGUGGCCCGUCCGAGUCGCAUGAUCCGUUUCACAAGCUGCAGCGUGAUGAGGCCCUAGGCUACAUCAAUCAGUACGUGCUGCCGCGUCUCAACCUUGGUGCGAGCGGUAAGGCUGCUGCCGCCGUGUCCGGCAGCGUCAACCCCCUGCGUGACGCCGCCGCCGCAAGCCUCAACUCGCUAGCGCCAUACUUUUACGGGCCCGAAGCGGCCGCAGGCGUCGGCAUCUAUAGUGCAGUGGACGGUGGCGGCGGACCCCGCCCCGUCCAAGAUUUUGGCGCCCCCCCAGGGCUGACCCUCGGCGGCAACAUUGACAUGGUCAAAAGCGGCGGCGGCGCCCGCGGUGUAGGCACUAUGGCGUUGAUGACGGUCGAAGAGGCCGAUGCCGCACUGGCCGCAACGCGCAGGGACACUGAGAAGCUGGAAAAAGGCCUGAAUGCCGUGAUUAAGAGAAACGAGAGGCUACUGAUUGGCGGCAACUAG